AUGGCUGUCUAUCUUAUUUCCAGGGUCGCGGAUCCUCUCUUCGCCGUGGCCAUGGGCGUCUCCGCUGCUCUCAGCCGCAUUCGCCGCGACCAGCUCGAGAAAUACCCCGAGCGUGCAUCAGAAAUUACAUACGGAUCCAUCGUACAGACGAGCGGGCAUCGAUUGCAACGGUGGUGGGACGGAGACUUCCAGGGUCUCUAG